UAUCUAGGAUCUCUCCCCCUCCCUCGCUUCUCUCUCUCUCUCACACGCACACAAUUUCUCUUACCAUCCAUGAAUCUUCCUACUUUACCAUCUCUUUGAGUUGACCCCACCACAUCCAUAUCUCCAUUUACCAAAAAUAUACAAUUUAUCACCCAUAAGCAUUAAAAAAUACCACACCAAGUCUUCGGGCAGCUCCUAUAUAUAUUCUACCUUCUAAGUUCUAACACAACCCAUUUCAUACAUCUCUCUCGUUCUCUCUUUAUCCCUCCCAUUGGAUCACUUUGUUCUCCCUUUCUCUCUCUAAAAGCAAUUGAAAUGGAUGGAAGUUCCACAGAUGAGAGCACAACCAGUGAGUCUCUCUCAAUUGCAGAGGGAUCGGCGUUGACUUUACCGGCGACAAAGGCACCGGAAAGUCCUUGCCGAGUUGGAAGUGGGUCAAGUGUGGUGUUUGAUUAUGAAGGUGGUGUCGAGGCCGAGUCUCGAAAGCUACCAUCUUCAAGAUUCAAAGGAGUAGUCCCUCAGCCUAAUGGCCGGUGGGGUGCUCAAAUCUAUGAAAAACACCAACGAGUCUGGUUGGGCACUUUCAAUGAAGAAGAAGAAGCAGCCAGAGCUUACGACGUCGCCGCCCAACGCUUCCGCGGCCGCGACGCCGUUACAAACUUCAAGCCAUCGUCUGAGACAGAAGAGGAUGAUCUCGAAUCAGCUUUCUUGAAUUCUCAGUCCAAAGCUGAGAUUGUUGACAUGCUCAGAAAACACACAUACAAUGAUGAGCUUGAGCAAAGCAAAAGAAACUAUGCUCAUAGCGAUAACAAUAGCAAAAGGGUGUCUAAAAAUGGCCUUGUUGGCCCUUUCGGGCCAGAACGUGGCCCAAAAGCCCGUGAACAGCUCUUUCAGAAGGCAGUAACACCGAGCGAUGUGGGUAAGCUGAACCGGCUCGUUAUACCAAAGCAACAUGCCGAAAAACACUUCCCUCUGGAAAAUGGGAACAAUUCCAAAGGGGUAUUGUUGAAUUUUGAAGAUAUUGGAGGUAAAGUGUGGCGAUUUCGAUACUCAUACUGGAAUAGUAGUCAGAGCUAUGUGCUUACAAAAGGGUGGAGUAGGUUUGUGAAAGAGAAGAACUUGCGGGCUGGUGACAUUGUGAGCUUCCAGAGAUCGACCGGGCCAGAGAAGCAGCUGUACAUAGACUGGAAGGCAAGGAAUGUACCGGGCCCGGUCGGGUUGUUGCCAGGCCCGGUUCAACCGGUGCAGAUGGUGAGACUAUUUGGGGUUAACAUAUUUAAGGUACCAGGUACUAGCAGUGGUAUUGAACAUGUUGAUAACAGUGGUAGUUGUAGUGGUAAGAGAAUGAGAGAAAUGGAGUUAUUAGCAGUAGGGUGUAGUAAGAAACAAAGGAUUAUAGAUGCUUUGUAACAUUUUGUUUCGUUUUUUGUCUUGUACUUUUUAGAUGGAAAGCAGGAACGAGGCCGGAGGGAGUUCGGAUCCUCCAUCGUACAACAGAGAUGUUGUUUCUUAAAACAAUAUCGUUACUUCCUAAAAUGAUGUUGUUUUAUUUAAUAAAAUGAUGUCCUUUUGAUGUAAGGAAGUGUCAUUUUGAAGAAUACCAUUCCUAUAGUUAAAAAUUUACAACAGAAGAUCCGGAUCCGUAUCUGUGAUAGUGGGGUAUUUCAAGUGGUAAAGUUCAAUUGUAUAUUAUAUAUUAAGCUAAUAAAAGGUUGAAGAGAGCCGAAAAAUGAAAAGCUGUCAAUUUGAUCUGUUCAAAGUUCUGAC